UCCCUCCCUCCCUCUUUCUGCAGGCGCACUGAGAAACACACACAAAAAGAAGCCAGGCGCGCCGGAGAGCUUCCGAGAAAGCGCUCCUACCAAGACCCCCCCAGACCCAGCGUGAGGGACAAGAGCCAUGACAGAGACCACCAAGACCCACGUCAUCCUGCUGGCCUGCGGCAGCUUCAACCCGGUCACUAAGGGCCACAUCCAGAUGUUCGAAAGAGCCCGUGACUAUCUACACAAGACAGGAAGGUUCAUUGUCAUUGGUGGAAUUGUCUCACCUGUACAUGACUCCUAUGGGAAACAGGGUUUGGUCUCCAGCCGACAUCGCCUGACAAUGUGCCAGCUGGCUGUUCAGUCCUCCGACUGGAUAAGGGUGGACCCCUGGGAAUGUUAUCAAGAUACUUGGCAGACCACCUGCAGUGUACUGGAACACCACCGGGACUUAAUGAAACGGGUUACUGGCUGCAUCCUCUCCAAUGUGAACACACCAUCCCUGACUCCAGUGAUUGGACAGCCACAGAACGAGACUCCACAGCCCAUCUAUCAGAACAACAACCUCGCAAACAAACCCACUGCAGUGAAGCUGUUGGGGAAAGUGGGUGAGAGCCUGAGCAGGAUUUGCUGUGUUCGUCCCCCAAUGGAGCGUUUCACCUUUGUGGAUGAGAAUGCAAAUUUGGGGACAGUGAUGAGAUAUGAAGAGAUUGAGCUCCGAAUCCUCCUCCUGUGUGGCAGUGACUUGCUAGAAUCCUUUUGCAUCCCAGGCCUGUGGAAUGAAGCUGAUAUGGAGGUAAUAGUUGGGGACUUUGGCAUUGUUGUUGUGCCACGAGAUGGUGCUGACACAGACAGGAUCAUGAACCACUCCUCAAUACUUCGCAAGUACAAAAACAAUAUUCUGGUUGUGAAGGACGAUGUGAAUCACCCCAUGGCCAUUGUCAGUUCCACCAAAAGCAGACUAGCUCUUCAGCAUGGAGAUGGGCACGUUGUGGAUUACCUGUCUCAACCAGUCAUCGAUUACAUCCUCAAGAGUCAGCUGUACCUGAAUGCCUCUGGGUAAAGCUCCUCUGGCAUUGCAACAGAGCCCAAUCGCUCAACUUUCCUAUGGUUGUUCAUCACAGUUCUCUUUCUCACUUUCUCUCUUUUUUUCUUUUUUCACUGCCUCUUGCGUGCAUCUGCCUCUUCCACUCUGAUGUCCCCACCUCACCCUUUCCCACUCAAGUGCAGGAAAGCGCUGCAUACAACCAAGCAACUGAGUGCAUCUACACCAGUGGUUGUCAACCUGUGGGUCCCCAGAUGUUUUGGCCUUCCACUCCCAGAAAUCCUAACAGCUGGUAAACUGGCUGGGAUUUCAGAGUGUUGUAGGUCCAAAACAUCUGGGGACCCCAAGUUGAGAACCACUGAUCUAUACCAUCAAGCUAUCCUUUUCCCCACAGUAAAGUAGGAGAACAGCAUUGAGUAUCAGGUGCCACGUGCCUAAAACGGGGAGGCUGUGGUGCCCACCUUCCCAGCAUGCAUUCAGGGAAAGGACACUCUGCCUUCACAGCACCCCUUGGGACCCAGAAAGGUUAUUCAUUUCUCUCUCCCGUCGCGUAUCAGCUAAAUAAAUCUCAGUGCGUUUUUUAUUUUUAGAGCUUUUAUUGGAUCCUUUUUAUUGUUGCAAUCCAUUAAAAUUACGGUGCAGUUGGCAGGAGAUUCUAACCCACUUGGUAGAAAGCCCAGGCUUUUUAGGUCAGCAGUGGAAGAAUUCGGCCUUGAAUUCAAGACAAAAAGGCAGAAAAUAGUCCAAAUUCCAAUGUUGGGCAAAGAAAGAAAAAAGAAAAAAAGUUGCUGGUACAAUAAGGGAGAAAAGCAGACUUGCUUAAUAUGUAGCACAUCCUUUCCUAUUGUAAAUAAAUACUUUUUUUGAAAGGGUGGGAAUUUAAAAUGGGGUUUCUGUUGAGUCUACACUCUGGGGAAGCGGUGAGUUACCCAUCCCAUUUUCUCACAGUGUCUCUUUGACUACACAUUGUAUUAAGUGUCCCUUGUUUGGGCGAAAGCUCAUUUUUUCUGGACACAAAGGGCCCCUCCAGACUAGACCUAUAUCCUAGGAUCUGAUUCCAGGUUUUCUAUUUAUCCCAGAUUAUCUGGCUGUGGGGACUCACAUAAUCCAGUUUAAUGCAGAAAACCUGGGAUCAGAUCUUGAGAUAUAGGACCUGUCUGGAAGGGCCCUUAGGCCACUUCUGCACUGCCAUAUAAAAUAUAGAUUAUCUGCUUUGAACUGGAUUAUAUGGCAGUGUAGACUCUAGUUCAAAGCAGAUAAUGUGGAUUAUCUGCUUUGAUAAUCUGGUUUACAUGGUAGUGUAGAAGGAGCCUAAGUCUGACCAUUUGUUGUGUAUUUGACAAUACUUCUCCUCAUCCAGGUUCAAUUCUCAACUGCUUUCCUUUAUCAGUAACACAUACAAACAUCCUUUUGUGCCCACAACUAUAUAUUAAUUAUACACUCAGGUGUGGCCUUCUUGUUUUCCUGAAUUCUUUCAAAUGCUCCUGGAAAUGAAGUUGCUGCUUAAAUUUAUCCUGAGAAAGAGAUAUUUCCCCAUUGCCAUGCCCAUUGCAAAGUAUGGCAAUAAUAAUAAUGAAAUAAAUGCCAGCAGCUGCAUAGGAUUAAGUAGUUUCUGUACUUCAGCCAGUUGCAAGCUGUGUUAUAGCUACUGAGAAAAAGCAAGGAUUACUGGAUGAUAUUUGAGGGCAAUUUAGCACUACCAACUUUCUAGACUAGUACAGGCUCACAGGUGUGUCGAUGAGUCUUCCAUGUGAUAUUUCUACAAGUGUAGGUUGCUUAAGAGUGUUAGGGAUGCUUCAGCAAUAGGGAUUUUUGUAGCUCAGACCUAGCCAGGCUCUUCUAGCCUCCUUGGGUAGCAUGACUCUUAAAACUAAUAGUUCUUUUCAGAGGGAGGCAGUGAGUGGGAAACAGAUCAACUUUUCAAAAUCUGUCUUGUUGAAGUCUUUCAUGGCUGGAAUCACUGGGUUGCUGUGGGUUUUUCGGGCUGUAUGUCCAUGUUCCAGUAGCAUCAUCUCCUAACGUUUCACCGACAUCUGUAGCUGGCAUCUUCAGAAGUUCUGUUGGCAGUGAGGCAAGUGGAGUGUAAACUUAUCUGUGAAAUGUCCAGGAUGGGAGAAAGAACCUUUGCCUGUUUAAAGAAAGUGUGAAUGUUACAAUUAGAAGCUUUAAUUAGCAUGAAGUAGCCAUGAAGUUUGAAAAGUAGUGAGGAUAUUUCUUAACUACAUUUUUAUCCCACUCUCUCUCUCCCUGAAGGGGAUUCAGAGUGGUAUCUGCAUAGAGGUAGCCCAGCCUUUGUUGCCUGGAGACAUCCUCUGUUUGGGAGGUGUUAACUGGCCCUUGAUUGUUCGUUGUCUGGAGUUUUCAGGAGCUACUUCUGGAUGGAGGCAGUUAACAAUAAUUGCAGUCUCCAUCAAUGCUAUCGAAGUGGUGGUCUGUAGACCAGUGUCAGCUAGCUAGUCCAGGAUGAGUUGAUAGGGAAGAAAGAAAUAGGCAUAACCAAUGGGCAUAAAUAUACCACCAGUCUCUGUUACACUGGGAGAAAAUCCUGGUCAUGCACACUACAAAUCCUACUCCAAACCAGAGCUAUUGAAAGAGUGGUCCUUGGACCAGUAACCAGUCCCGGAACCAUUCCAGGAAAUGGGCAGAAACAUUUAUUUAUUUAUUUACAGCAUUUAUAUUCCGCCCUUCUCACCCCGAAGGGGACUCAGGGCGGAUCACAUUACACAUAUAGGUAAACAUUCAAUGCCUUUUAACAUAGAACAAAGACAAGACAAACAUAGGCUCCGAGCGGGCCUCGAACUCAUGACCUCCUGGUCAGAGUGAUUCAUUGCAGCUGGUUGCAGCUGGCUUGCUCUCCAGCCUGCGCCACAGCUCGGGCCUAUGUUUGGUACUGGUUCCUGGCACACGGGGAAAACAAUUGCUGAUUCCCCAAACCAGUCAACAGAGAAGCACUGAUCUAAAACAAACAUGAAAUUGCAAUUGACUUUCACAUUACUGGGACAUAGCCCUUCCUCCCUGUGUUCAUUGUGCCGGUGGAUUUAUUUCUUAUUUAUUUACCAUAUUUAUAUCCCCCCUUUCUCUACCCGAGGGGGACUCAAGGCGGCUUGUGACAUAAUUAUUGUAUCUGGGGAAUGUGGAUGUGACAUAAUUGUAUCUGGGGAAGGUCCAAAACUUACUGGGAUAAUGUUCAUAGUGAACAUAAGCCAGGCAGUAAUACUUGCCCUAUAUGUCACAACCCUCUUUAAAAUGAUGCCUCUUUAAAAAAAUUGAAGAUUACCCCUAAGACCAACUGCACCUAUGAGGAUUGCACUACUCCUCUGCCCUUUAAAAUGUCAGAGAAACAACACUGGGAAAUAGAAUAGGGAUAGGAGUAGACAAUAAUGUUAUGUGGUUCUCCUCCCUGCCCACCUCGCUCUCCAUUAAUAAUAAUCAUAAUAACUUUAUUUUUAUACCCCGCCCCAUCUCCCCGGAGGGACUCGGUGCGGCUUACAUGGGGCCAUGCCCGACAUAAAAAUACAAUAACAGUGAUGAAACAAUAAAAACAAUUUUUCACAUCGAUAAGACAUCAACAUCAGUAAAACAGUCAUAAAAAUCCAUUAGAAGGCGAGUAAAUAAAACCUGGCAACUCCCCAUUCAACUUCUGUGGACGCAGACUUUUGUGUCGAGUAUUCAUGUCAUCCAGUGAAGAGCUUAGGCAGCCAUUUCCACACAAACACUUAGGAAUCAGAGUGGAUGAUGGGACACAUGAAGACCAAAUUGGCUCUGUGAAGCCCGGCAUUGCCAUUUGGUAGCACUCCAAAAGCAUUCAGUAUCCGUGGACACUCACUGCUGUGAUAGGCAGAUGUACAAAAGAGACAGUUUCUUUGAUGAGGAUUUUUCUACUCACAGAAGGCUUAGAUAUCCUACUUGACUCUAUAAAAAUUGCCUGCUCGCUGUCCUGUCGUGCAUCUCCAAAGUACUCUCUCUUUCACAUGCCUCUGUUGCUGAGAGCAGCCACAACCUCUUGCUGGACUCCACUAUUAUGUCUCAAUACCAAGCUGCAAAGUGCAACGUCAACCACGUAUCUGACUGUAUUUGCAUCUGGCAGAAACCUCGGACAUCUGAAAGGCUUGAAAGUCAGACAGCUUCAUGGCAGAAACAAAAGAUGAAGGCAGUUAAAAAAAAAACUUUGAAGGACGGACUCUCUUUACUCUUGAACAAAAAAUGGAUUAUCAGGCCACUAUCCAAUUUCAUCCAGUUUUAGGACAGCAUGCCUUAGGAACAUAGCAUUGUGGUACAAAUGAUUAUAUAAUAUCUUACAAGUCCUCUCUUUGCCUUCAUAUGCUCAAUUAUGCUUAUGGUGGGUGUGGGUGGGGGACACGGUGUAGCAUAAAUUCAACGGGGAAAGGUCAUCUUGGGAAGGGUUUGAGAUGGGAGUAAUCCCUAAAUUCUGAUGUACACAACAAAGAAAUGGGUUUUAGCUGCACAGGGGAAAAGGGGAGGGAGGGGAGGAGGGAAAAAGUGUUUGUUUUCCAUUACUGAACUUGCAAUUUUGAACUGUAAAAUUUGCUUUAGUUAAAAAAAAGUUGUAAAAGGAGAAAAAAAAGUAUUGAAGAUGCCAGCUCCCCUCUAAUGGAAUAUGCUGGAGAUCGUUGUUGUUUAAAAAAAUGUUUGUCAGGGCCAUAAAUGAACUGGUCAAAUUAAUUGGCAAAGUAUUUAAAAUGAUAUAAUAAACUUAUGCUAAUGAAAUGUU